AUUCUCUAAAAUUUUUCGGCAUGUACCCACUUUCUUCAUUAAAACAGUCCGUUGCGAAACUUACUGCUGGCAGCGCCGUAUUUCGCUCAGUGCUCUCCCAAUUGGAAAAUCAAAUGAAAUGAAUACACACAACGAAAUUGACGUUUGCUUUGUGCAGUCUGCCAUCUUUGAUUUUGCAGUGCCAGUGGACAGACGGGCAGAUUUUUUAAGUGUAGAAAAUUUGAUAAGCAUAGAUUUUCACCAAUACAAAAUUUUAAAAGUGUAGUGUAUUUGGUGAAACAUGAACUUAUGAAAAAUUCAUAUAUAAUUUUUUGCAGUGCGAUAGUUGUUUACAUUUUUUUUAUCGUAUUGGCACGUUUGAAACUAAAAAGAACGCGUAGACAUGGAAAACACAACAAAAUAACUAAACAUAAAUUUGCGUUUUGUGCAUGGAUGCAAGUCAGACUUUAAAUAAGCAAAAAUUUUAAUAAAGAGUGUAAUUCGGUGAGCACCAGGUGUUUGAUUAAAAAAGUUUGAUUUCGUUAAUGUAAUUAAUAUGACAACCGUACCGCAUAUGAGCGAUACCACAGCUUCCAACAUGACAGAUGCCAGUACAACUGCAGCAACACCAGCUCCACAACCAACUACAACAGCCACCAAAUCAAUGUUAGUGCAAUUGACCACCGAUGGUGUACCCAAACUACAUUGUCCUGUAUGUAAUAAGGCAUUAGUGUCGCUAAGCGGUUAUGUGAAACAUGUUAAGAAACAUGAGCCACCUGGCGGCUUUCUCUGUCGCUAUUGUGACGAACGUUUCUGUUCUGAGGAAGAAUUGAAGAGGCAUCGGGACAAAGUGCAUACAACAAUCGUGUGCCGACUGUGUACAGAAGUCACGUUUACAAGCGAAAAUGACUAUCGUGAGCAUAUACGCGUCAUACAUAAUGGCAUCGAUAGGGAAAUGCUGAAAUGUGACAAAUGUGGCGCCGAAUAUAAAACAAUUUAUCCAUACAAACGCCAUAUAGAAACGGAAUGUGGCAAAAUUAAACCACAUAAAUGUGAACAGUGUUCAAUGACUUUCGUAACAAAAUAUAAUCUUAAACAACACAUGGUGCUGCAUACUGGCGAGCGGAAAUACUGUUGUAGCUAUUGUGGUAAGAAUUUUCUGCAAAAAGGACGUUUAGUGGAACAUGAACGUUCGCACACGGGCGAGAAGCCGCACAAGUGUGAUGUUUGUGGCAAGUGUUUUGCUCACCGAGAAAGUAUUGUUACGCAUUCCUCGAUACACACCGGUGUCCGUUUGGUUGAAUGUAAAUGCUGCUUUACACGUUUCUCCUGUCAUUCCAAUUUAAUAAAACAUCGACGUACGCGACCCGACACCUGUGGUCAACCAGAAUUCGAUCCGCCCAAACAGCGCACGCGCACGCAUCGGCACAGAAUACCACCAACACUCAAUCCUACCUCAGAAAUAAAAGUAAACAAUUCCAAUCGCAUAAUUAGGCCAGAUCAUAAAGAACAAGUGCGUAAAUCAAACGCAAAGUUGGAUGUUGACGCUACUACACCCACAAAUUUGAACGCUAAAAAUCGCGCAAAUGACAGACCUGGCAAAAGAAAGCGCAAAAUGUCCACUACUGAUACGGAAGAGGACGACGAUUUUGAGCAGAAGGAAUGGUCUAAUGAAAGUGUUGAAAAAGUGGAAAUUAACGCACUUGAGACUGCCACAACAAUAGACCCGCAGGAAGCAGCAAACACUGCUCCGCCGCCGGGCUUCAAAAAUGGUACGGAAGAUAAAACAGUUACUGAAAUCGGUAAAUUUGAAACAGACUCGGAAAAUGAUUACGGAGAUUACGUCGAUUUUGACCUAGCCGAAGGGAGCGGUAGUGAAGACGAUCAUAAAGAAAAUGUACAAUUAGCGCUUUCAAAAUUAAAAGAAGAAAACCCGGCAAGAGUUGAGACUUAUAUAGAUAAUGCAUAUGAUGAUGACGAGCUUGAGUUUAUUGACUCGCGUGAGUUUGUUGGCACCGAGUUCGAAGUCAAAUCAGAAGAUGCUAGUAUUUUCAAAAAUAAAGAUAAACUUCACGAUUCGCUGUUAAAAGAAAAGACAACGCAAAGCGUUAUGAAAAGAGAGCAAGCGGGCUUACAUGAGACUGAAUUAAUAUUAAUCAAAGCGGAGAACAGCGCCAACUAUGUGGAGGAGACGGACAUUUUAGACGUUGAUAGUGAUCAUUUGACAGCGCCACUUGCGUCUUGUAAAAUAAUGCUGCGAGAUGUACGCCAACGUUACCCCGCAUUGAAAGAUGAGUCGAGUGUGAAAGUGUCACGCAAUGCUGUGCCAUUUCCGCUCCCCAGACGACACCAACAAGCUGCAGAUGCGAACAAUGAACUUGCAAAUAAUUCAGAUGAGCUGGACAAUGUAGUGGAUGUACCCAAAAAAUCACGUAAGAGCAUUAAACAAGUUGCAGAGGCGAAAAUUGAAGAAAAUGCAAAGGUCAGGAAACGUGGACGAAAGCCACGCCAACUGACGGAAGACUUAAAUCUGCUUACUUAUGGUGAUGAAAAUGUAGAAAAUGCGGCCGCCUGUGAUGAUGAGGCGGAAGAUAAGCAAACUACUGCAAAAACAAGUAAAUCAGGACGUAUGGCUAAGCUUUCACAAAAGGAAUUGAAAGCGCGUUUGAAGCUAUCGAAACGUGGUGAGAAGCCUUGGCAGUGCCCAUAUUGCAUAAAAGUAUACCACAUACGCAAACCUUUUGAGAAGCAUUUGCGUGACGAUCAUAAACGCCCGGAGGAGGAGAUAAAGGAGACUUUUAAAACCGAAGAAAUUACCAUUAAUGAUGGUGAGGUCUUCAAGUGCCAUAUUUGCGCGAAAAUAUAUUUGAUGGAGAAACGUUUAACCAAUCACAUUAAAAUGCAUGGUCCUGACGGCAGUUUAACCUUUAAGUGCCCCUGCUAUUGCUCUGUAUAUUUCGCAACCAAGGACGAAGCAACUGCUCAUGCGCGCAAGGAGCAUCGUGAUCUCAUAUUUUGUAAUAUUUGUGAAAAAUUCAUGACCGGUCAUGAUUCGUUGAAGAAUCAUAUGAGAAAACAUGAACAGGAGCGAGACAGCAAAUCUGUGGCGAAUAGAAACUUUGUUUGCGACAAAUGUGGUAAGAAAUUCUCUGGACGCACCUCGUUGACCGAUCACGUACGCUCCGAUUGUGGACGUAAACCGCUUUACCAGUGCAAUGUAUGUGGCAAGCAUCUAACCACGGCGGGCAUAUUGAAAACACAUUUGCUGUUACACAAAGAUGAUACGCCUUAUCAGUGCGACAAAUGCGGCAAGACAUUUAAGGUGAAAGCACAAUACAAAACGCAUAUAAAAACGCGGCACACGGACUAUAAACCCUUUCAGUGUCAUCUAUGCCCGAAAGCUUAUCCCUACCGCGAAUCGUUGCUCACACACAUGACCGUGCAUACGGGCAUCAAACGUUUCCUUUGCAAUGGCUGCGGCAAACGUUUCACUUGUGUUUCCAACCUGCAAGCACAUCGCAAAGUGCACUCGGAUACUUGCGGGCAACUGCCGCUCAACGCAAAGGCGACGCAGUAUAUGGGCGUACAAAAGGGGAAUCUACUUUUAGGCGCUAAGCCAGAAGCUGGCGUUGAUUAUAAGGAAACUAACACGCUUAUAGCAAAAGAAGUAAUUGAUCGUGAUCGCCCAAUGGCACAAGAAAUUAAUUAUCCUUCAGAACCGUCUGCGCCUUUGGCAACUGUGCCACUCAACUAUACACAAACGACCACGCCACAAUUGCUGCUGCCACAAGUCAUCACCCAAUUUAUAGAUGAUACGCAUACAUUGGCGUCUACGUCGACCGCAUUUCCUUGAGGGCGGCAAUGAGUGCAUUAUUUAGAUUUAUGUUUUUAAAAUUUCGUUAGAUGUAAAAUUAAGUUACUUUUAAAGUGUCAUAGAAUUUGGUAGUGAUACGCUUAAAGCAGAUUUGCAUUUUAAAAUGUAUGUUUUUUAGUUUUAGUGAGUAAACGUUUGAAUAAAAAUAUAAAGCCAAAAUUAUAUUUAUACACAUGUACUGCUUAAACAUGCAUAAAUUAAAAAAGUAUAUGAAUAUUGAAAUACAUUUUCUAAUAUGCAAUAA